AUGCUGUCGAAGCUCCUGGUCGCCGCCGCCCUCGCCACCUCCGCCGCCAUCGCGGUCGCCGCCGCUCUCUGGGUGGUCGGCCCCAGCACCUCCACUGAGGCUCGCGCGCACGCGCAGCCGCCGGCAGCCCCCAGCCGUUGUGCGUCGCAGCCACGAGCUUCCGCUCCCCGCUGCCGUCCAGCUCGCAGUGGACUACGCCGUCAGUUUGUGUCGAAGAAGAAGGUCGUGGUGUGCGUUGGCUAUGGCCGCUCGAUCGGUAUCCUCGUGCGUCGACGCACCGCGCUACGCCCGCGCGUGGCUCGCACUGUGGCUGUGUUGCAACAACCCGAAAUGCUUGAGACCGUGAAUGAGCUACCUGCCUCCACCGCAGCCAUGAUUCCCGGUGGGGUAGAGGAUGUCUUGGCUGACCGCUUGCGGCAAAGGCGCGAAUACACCUGCUACGACUGGGACUCCGACAGCGAGUUCGGUGACUCCGACAGCGAAUGCGGCGAGAACUUCGGCUCCGACUGCGACGGCAAAAGCAAUGCGGUGUGCCCUGCAACUGUGUCGCAACACGCUUACAAGCAGAAGGAUUCGGAGGCGUUGGCGGAGGAGCUAUACGAGAUGUUCGCAGCAACUGACUCAGAGGAGCAGCAGCGGGCUGCAUUUGCUGCUCACGCUCGCCAACUGUCCGUCCACUUCCGCUUCGACUGCAGCGACUCCAGCCACAAGGGCUGCUUCGACCAAGACGCUGGCCCUGGGGCGCGCUCCCCUCCAGCAUCGCCCAAGCCCAGCGACCUCGAGAUCACGCUCGCCAAGAUGACCAAGUACCUGGACCUCGAAACGGAGCCCGAGACCGAGUCCGACUCGGACUGGGAGUAA